CAAUCGCGCGAAACUUGUGUGAAGCUACUGUCAUCAUUUAUAUUGUAAACGUUUUUAUUAGUUAAAACUAAAUUAAAGUACAUAUCAAAAUGGAUGAAGUAGAAUCUAGCACUUCUGUGGAUCCUAAAUCCAAGUCAGGAGAAUCUGGAAAGUCGGGGGGAGCUGGAAAAUCGACUUCCUAUGAGAUGCCUUGGGUUGAAAAAUAUCGUCCAACAUCCCUCUCUGAUGUUGUUGGAAAUGAAGAGACUGUUUCGAGAUUAGAAGUUUUUGCCAGAGAAGGGAACGUUCCAAAUGUCAUUAUUGCUGGACCUCCUGGAACCGGUAAGACUACCAGUAUUCUUUGUUUAGCUAGGACAAUGCUGGGAUCAUCAUUCAAAGACGCUGUAUUAGAAAUGAAUGCAUCAAAUGAAAGAGGAAUUGAUGUUGUGAGGAAUAAGAUCAAGAUGUUUGCACAGAAGAAAGUCACAUUACCAAAAGGAAGGCAUAAGAUCAUCAUACUAGAUGAAGCAGACAGUAUGACAAGUGCAGCUCAGCAAGCUAUGCGAAGAACAAUGGAAAUCUUCUCUAAGACAACACGAUUUGCCCUUGCUUGUAAUGCCUCAGAUAAGAUUAUAGAACCAAUUCAGUCAAGAUGUGCAGUACUGAGGUAUUCCCGACUUAACGACUCACAAAUAUUAAAGCGAUUACUAGAGAUAUGUGCAGCUGAGAAUGUUGAUCAUGCUGAGGACGGUUUAGAAGCUAUUAUCUACACAGCACAGGGUGAUAUGAGACAGGCUAUCAACAAUUUGCAGUCAACUUAUGCUGGCUUUGGCUCAAUCACUAGUGAAAAUGUCUUCAAGGUCUGUGAUGAGCCCCACCCUCAACUAAUCAAAUCAAUGUUAGAUCAUUGCAUAGAGGGCGACAUUGAUAAAGCAUAUGAAAUAAUGCAUCAUAUGUCUCACAUGGGCUACUCUGCUGAUGAUAUCAUCACUAAUGUCUUCAGGUCAUGUAAGACUCAUCAGAUGGCUGAAUAUAUCAAAUUAGAGUUUAUUAAGGAAAUUGGAAUGACACACAUGAGGAUUGCAGAGGGAGUGAACUCCAUUCUUCAACUCUCUGGUCUCUUAGCAAGGCUGUGCCAGAAAACAGCCACCCCCUCUGAAAAAGCUUGAUCUCAUUCAGCACCAGUUACAAGAAAACAAGCUUCAAAGAAAGUCAACAAAAUAGACUUGUGGAAGAAGAUAAAGGACUGUUACACAAAACUUAGACAUACAUUUCCUAUUUCAUCCACUAUAAAGAACAGCUUCUUGUAUGAAAUGGUCAAGUAUUUGGAAAUAAAGCAAAAAGAAGGAAAACAACUACGAAAUGACUAUAAAAAGGGGAAGUUGGUCAUUAUGAAAUAUACGUCAUUAUGAAAUAAAAGCUCACUAUUAAAUGUAUAAGGAUGUCAUAUAGUCUUAUCAUUAUGUCAUAAUUUGUCCUUUUAUCUUUUGACGAAAAUCAUUCUACAUUUUAAGAAUCUAAUUGGUCCAAGGUUUUUGUUUGUAAUCAGGUGACGUAAAAAGUCUCCAGCCCCUUACUUCAUAUCCCAAUGGCUUUGACGACAAUCUGUUGAUGAGCUGUGUAGCAGCGUAUGUGAAUGAUGCUGUAUGGUUACAACGUAUCAAAUUUUAGAAUGUAAUGGAUCAUGUGAAUCAAGAAAUGUUAUUCAUCUCUUAAUUCUUGUGAAUAUCUUUGACCCUGUUUCACAAAUCUUGUUAUCAAUUACAAGCUACUGGUAUAACAUAGUGUAUGAUGCUAUAUGAUUGGCUGGGAGCCAUUUAUCAUUGAAUUCAAGCAUUUGUUUUAUAAGUUUGAUAAUAGGUUUUCAUGAAUCAGGUCUUUGUUCCUGUAAUGUAUUAUGUUACACUGGUAGGUUUGCAUUUUAAGCUUAAUGUUGAUGAUAAAAGUCAUCAUGACAUCAAUUUAUUUUCAUUCAUUACAGCCAUCAAAGCUUUAUGAGUAACAUAGUCUAUUCCAUCAUAGUCUGUUGGAUUAUCUCAUCUUCACAUAAAUUUGAAUAGCUUAGCAAACCUUUUAAAUCAAAACAAAAUGGUUCUUUAUUGGUAUUUCAGAUUAUACAUAUUACAUUUAAUGUGAUUUCUGAGAAUCCAUUAAGUGUUAGACAUUUCCAAUGUGUCAUUCCUGUCAAAAUAAGUUUGCACUUGUGGUGUAGGUGUCAGAGAAUGGUGCAUUAUGGGAAUGGGAUAAUACUGAUAAUGUUGCAUUAUGGGAAAUAGAUAACACCAUAUAUGUUGCGUUUAAACCCUUUAUUAAAGAGUGAUUUAUCAUGUCUUCCAGUCUAUUCCUUAUAAUAAAAUAACCCAUGAAUUUGUAUUUGUGCUUAAUGCUAGAUUCUUCUAAAGAUAAUAAGAAACAAAUAUUAACAUGUUUAGCUUUCUGCCCAUUACAAGGAGUUUGUUUCAUAAAGCUGUUCAGACAUUACGCAUGACUUGAAAGACUGGUGACCCAAUCUUGUGCUAAAUGAUACCUCACUUUAUAGUUGUCUUGGCACCUAAGAACAUGUUCCAGUUGUACUACUAGAGUGGAAAGUGAAGGGCUUUCUCAAACACCAUCCAGUUAAUAUAUCAGGGUUUAGAAUAGUUACAUGUGUGGGAAUACUAAAAUGAAAUGCCAAAUUGUAUUGAGAUCAUGUCUGUCAUGUCACUUAUUAUUAAUAAUAUGGACAUUUGUAAUGUGCUGGUGUCCAUCAUGAAAAGAUGCUCAUUGCACAGCAAAGAAAAGAACUCUGAACUUAAGAGAGGGAAGAAUUAUAUUUACAUAAAUCUAUCAUGAAUAACCAAGUUUAAGAGCAUUUUUGAAAGUGGUAAGACAAAAAGAAAUAGUGCGGAUGCCUUUUGGAAGUUUAUUACAAUAGGAAUGGCCCAGCAUAUUGAAUUGAUCAUCCCCCUGAAUAUUUAGAUUUUUUUUGCUUUUGUCUGUAUGCAGUUUGGAAAUCUUAAAGUUUUGAAGUUCACCUCAAUUUCUACCCUGCUCAAAAUGAAAGAAAUCUGUCAUGUAAGGAAUGAAUAAGGGGACACAUAUUGGACACACAUAUGUUUUGAAAAACGUCAAUAUCGUCUAUCAUUCCAUUUACUGACAGACUCGCAUGUAAAUUUGAUAAAUCCUAAAUGCACAGAUGUCUACUAUUAGGAGCAUAUUUUCAAAAACUUGUCAAUCUGUUUCAAAAGAAUACUAUGUUUUAAAGAUAGCAUGUGUAAGAGCUGAGUAAAUAAUGUACCAGAUUACAAAGAUGUUUAAUAUGUAAACACAACUGUCAUCAUCAAAGCUGUAAAUCAUAGUUGUAUCAUAUUUUGUAAAUAAAUGCUUACACAAGGAGCAUGUUAUCUAUUUUUAUCUUGAUCAGGCAUUGAUUUUGUGUUAUCUCCCCCAUCCCCUUUCAUUCUAGUAUGACUUCCUCCGUCUUACAUUUCACCCCAUAUCUUUCCAAUCUGCCUCUCCUUAGGCUACCACCUCCUCUCCCUCUCUUCAUAACCAAGCCAUUCAUUAUCCUGUGUUGCUAUCUUCCUCAUAAGUUUAACACACUUUAGAGAUCUAUAGGUUUCCUUGUACUGAUCCUUUUAACAGUAUAUAUUCUUUAUAGUGCAGCACCUGUCCAUCCAAAUGGUAACAAAAAACACACCAGGAGAAUACAAAUACAGAAUCUUCUUUUAAACUCAUUUGCUAUUUUCAUAUUUUUAUUAACAGAAAUUUUGAAUAUGGAUAAUACACAUUUAAUCCUCUUAUAUGAAUCUUACAUUUACAUACAGGUGAAAAAAAACUUGUACAUUGAAACAAAACUCAAAAUAUAAAUUUACACGGCUAAAUCUGUCUUUGAUUCCAAAACGAAACCAUUAUAUAUAUCAAAUCAAUAUGCAUUUUAUGCAUAAAAGUUGAAAUAUUAAGCUUUUUCAUUUUUCUAAAUUGCUAAUAACCCCAGGAAUAAUAAAAGACAUUUUCAAAUGUUUCAAAGAGUAUGCUUGCCAAAGAAAAUGAAAACAGCUAUUAUUUUAGAUAAGCAUACAUAAUACCAAGCAUGGAAAAAACCUUAUUGUUAUCAACAACCAUUUGAGUCUUGUUAAGAUAGACAUAUAAACUGCUUUUUUAAAUGACAUUUUUCAACCAUCAUAUCAUUAAAUCUUGAUUUUGUUACAUCAAUUUUUGGCAGAUAUUUUUUAAAGCAGUAUAUUCAAAUUUUAUCAAAGAUUAAAGCCUCUGUUAUUAACAAUGUCAACAAGACAAAAAAAAUUGCUAAUGAUUUUUUAAUGUUUCGCUACAUUUGAAAUAACACUACAAUUAAAAGUAAACCAGAGGUAUUGCAACAAAAAUAUUCUUAACUCUUACAAAAUGCUCACUAUAUUCAACACAUUACAAAAUGAAAUUUUGAUAACAUCUGAUGGGUGACAGAGCGGUUACCAAAAUACCUAAACAAAUUAUAAAUAAACAAAUAGAUUGCAAAAUAUUUCUUGAUGAAUUGAAGACUGGAAAACAAAAUGAAUUUUGAUUUAUACUCAGGAUUUUUUUAAAUUGAAAAUAUAUACCAAAAGAUGUAUCAAUUUAAACAUAGAAUACAGUGUUGAAGACAGGAUAACUUGCAAAUUGAGACUAAAAAUAACACUUAAGAUAGAAAAACAUCCUUAAACAAUAGGGUUUAACAACUGAUAUAAUGGGUUAUUCAAAUUGGAUACACCUAAGAACUUUUAUUAUGGCACUUUUCAUUACCAGUUUCACAUGUGUUUCUAAUGAAAUAUUUCAUAUACCCUAGUGCAAAAUACAUGUACGAUUUGUGUUAAGAACAAUUCAAUUUCCUUUACACUCUCAACAAGAAACAAAAAUCAUUAAGAACAGGACAGAGUAUGUUUUUUUUUACCUGGAUUACAAAAAGAUACAUUAAAAUGUUUUUAUUAGCAAUCUCGACUAAUUUAAACUGAAUGGAGUCUUUAGGCAUAUAUUACAAAGCUCAAUAAUAUGAAUGCUGACAAAUUCUAUUAGAAUGGUUUGACCAAAAGUAAAUGAAUAAAAUAAGGAGGAUUGAUCCUUUAUAUUACUAUCUUUCCAUAUAAGAUUAAUUUACUCUGGCUGAAAACAAGUUAAAGGUUUCGGACAAUUGGAAAUGAUAAGAUACAGCUAAUUCACACACAGACCAUUAAUACAUGAAUCUUAGAUAAUACCAUAUAUUGGAAUUGAUGAUAUCAGAGAAGAAUAGAUAAAUCAAUCCAGUAAAAAUACAUCAAUUACAAGUUAACAUGCAAAUGCUCCUUUGUUGUUGUCGAUAUAUUUUUGUAUCUGUAGGUUGAAAUAUACAUUAAUAAUUAAAAAAACUUCUUGUUCAAAUUGUCACAUAAACCUGUGCCAUACUCUAAUCCAUUUUGGAGGUAUUGUGGCCCCACUCUGAUCCCAGCCACAUUGCAACCGGACAAACUACAGCAAUCAUUCUAAUAAUAUUUAUGCUGCAUGAGAACAAAAAAAUACCUAGUGUCACUUUAGACUAUUUUUUGCCACAUUGCAUCUUUAUUACCUUACUAAAAGGUUUUUGUCAUGAAAAAUUGUGAGUCUACAUAAUGUAUUUCAGUAGUAGAGUGGCAGUUUGGUUUAACUAACUGAUAAGAAAAGUAAGAACACCAGUUAGUUAGAAACCAGAGGACUGAUGGCUUAAGAUCCAAUCCAAAGGAUGUGAUACUGAGAGUAUUAACACAUCUACCUGGUUAAACUCUGGUCAGCAGAUUACCAAACCACUCCUCUUUUUCACAUACUAUUUUUUUUUUGCUUCUUCAUAUUCAAUUAUAUUACUAACAUCUUAGUAUUUAUAAUAGCAGAAGUAGUGAUAAGAAUGGAGUGUGUGUUCAAUGUAUAAAGAUUGUGGUCUGUUUACAAAAGAUCAGAGAAAUUGCAAUCGUCAAAUCUAUGUACAUUGUCCUGCCUCUUGAAAGCUGAAUAAUAAACCAAUUAGCUAUGCAUUGCUUUGCUCACAGCUGCAAAUGAUAUACUAUAUAUGUAACAUAUCUACAUCCACAUGAUACAAGCUUUGUUGAGUGAUAAAGUCAAUAUUUUGAAGGAUAUUAUAUGAGAUUACUUUCUGUAGAAUUCACAUUUAGCAUAAAUACUAACCCAUACAAGCUUUUACAGGUGCAAAUGAAAAAAGGACUGGAUAUCUAAGCAUGCUCAAGUCAAAGCAAAAUGCUCAGACAUUUACCAUCCAGGCUUUUAAACAUACAACACACACAUGUUUUAGUAAAAUAUAUAUUUAGGACACAUCCUUUAUGAAUAUAUUCAAGUUUCUUGAGCAGAUCGAACCAUUUUGCACAUGAAUAUAUAAAGAUUACAUAGACAUCCAAUUUUAAGAUAAUCAGUCUUCACAACGCAUUAACAUUACCAUAGUUACAUUAUGUUUAUUAUAUUUACUCUUAAUUAUAUGAUUUUUCUUAAACAACUACUUACUGACAAUACAUGUUUUUUACCCUAUAUGCUAUUUCCUUGAAACAAUAAGAUUUUCUGCUCAAACGUACAUUUAGUAAUAGAAUAUUUCAGAUCUCAAAUAUAUCUUAAUGAUGGCAAAGGGUAGCAUUUUCUGGGGAUUAAAUCAAUUAGUUACUUUUCAUAGAAUCACAAGAUAGUUAAUGACAAUU